AUUUUUUUUUUCCAUCAGAACUCACGUUGUCUUAACCUAAAAUAAAUAUUCAAAAACUUUACCAACACCAAAGUAUCAGUAGUGAGGUUAAAAAUAAUAAAUAAAUUUUUAAAAAAUCUAUUGUCCUGUGGACAAUAAAUAAAACAAUAGUUGUUAUGGCAAAAUAUUUAGUGCAAAUAAUAGUCUUGGGUACGCAAGUAGUAGGCAGAGCAUUUGCCCGAGCGUUACGUCAAGAAAUAGCAGCAAGCCAAGAAGCUGCUAAACGUGCUGGUGGUGGUGCUAAAGGUGCUAGAAGUGCUGCGACUAAUGCAAGAACUGGUUUAUCACUUGAAGAAGCACUUAAAAUAUUAAAUGUCGAGAAACCCGAUCAAACAGAAGCUCUUGAAAAAAAUUACAAAUAUCUCUUUGAUGCUAACGACAGAUCCAAAGGUGGUUCGUUUUAUUUACAAUCCAAAGUUGUACGAGCGAAGGAACGAAUUGAUGAAGAAUUACAAAAUACCAGAGAACUUCCAAAUAAAAAAAAAGAUACUGACAAUUGAUUGUUCGCUUUAUUUUUUAAUAGGAUAUUUUAAUUAGACUGUAAAUAAUUUAAUUAAAAAAAUAAUUCAUUUCCUUUUUUUGUGCUGAUAUUUUUUUUUUGAAAAAAAUGUAGAGUUGUAAAUAAAAUAUAAAAUCUUAUUGUUAAA